AUGUCUGACCGAUCUAGAAAUAGAAGUCAAUCUAGGGCAUCAAGCGAUACCGAACAUGACAAACGAGAAUUUCAACAACCGUAUGUUAACAUUACCACUCGUCGCAAGAAUUCGAAAGGUAAAGGUACUAACCAAAAUAAUGAUCUUUAUGAUAGUACCGAUAGAAGCCCGAUUCAACAGGUACUACCAUCGGUUGAGGGGAAACCAGGAAUGGUUAUCCAGGGUAACGAACCAAACGACGGAAGGAGCCAUACGGGCUCAUCUAGGAUAUUGUCGAGAGGAUUUCAGCGAAAUGAUAGCCUUACGAGGUCGAGAAGAAGCGUUGAUUCGAACUCAAGGAUGGGAUCCAGGUUCAGUCACGGUCCAACAAUAAUUGCGCCCGAUGGAGAACGAUCGAUUAGAAGUCCCCUUCCAUCACCGAGCGGAACAGAUCCGUCAAGAUAUCACAAACCGUCAGGGUCAUCAGAACAACCCGAUUCCAGUAGAUCAGAUGAACAACAGGAACAUCAACCCCAGACCCGUCAAUAUACCUCGCAACCCUCAAUUAGAACAACCAAACCAACAUCAAUUCCCAGGAGCGAUGCGCCCAAGGGGACCCAGACGAAACAGAGCUUGGAGAAGCUCUAUCUACUCAGAGAUGGUACGGAUGGCGAGGUCCCUUCAGGGAACUUACCAACAUCUGGAGGAGGGACGCAUCAGAACCCAAAGGAGAGAUCAGGAUGGUCCCCCCCAGACAACUACAACGGUCAGAACCUUUGA